AUUAGGCUGUCCUAUGAAGAACCAUGAGCUGGACUUGUCCGCGUUGCCAGCAACCUGUUUACUUCGCUGAGAAAGUGAGCUCCUUAGGCAAGAACUGGCACCGUUUCUGCCUGAAAUGUGAGCACUGUCACAGCGUCUUGUCCCCUGGCGGGCAUGCAGAGCACAACGGGAGGCCAUACUGCCACAAGCCUUGCUAUGGGGCUCUCUUUGGACCUAGAGGGGUCAACAUUGGUGGUGUGGGUUGCUAUCUCUACAGUCUCCCUGUUCCCUCCCCUGCCAGCAGAGUUUCCCUCAGCCCCAGCAACUUUAGCCCCCCAAGGCCAAGGGCUGGCCUCCCCCAGGCCAAGAAAAGUCCCCCCUACACAAAGACAUUCACUGGGGAGACCUCGCUGUGCCCCGGAUGUGGAGAGCCUGUCUAUUUUGCUGAGAAGGUGAUGUCUUUGGGCAGAAACUGGCACCGACCCUGCCUCAGGUGCCAACGUUGCAGGAAGACCUUGACUGCUGGGAGUCACGCAGAGCAUGACGGCACACCCUACUGCCACAUCCCCUGCUAUGGAUACCUGUUUGGCCCCAAAGGUGUGAACAUUGGCAAUGUGGGCUGCUACAUCUAUGACCCAGUGGAGAUAAGAUCCAAAUGAGCCAUUCAUGGGAGUGACCAUCCUAACUCAGGCUUCCCACCCUCUCCUCCAUGGUCCACUGGAAGCUCUGGAAUUCCCUAGUCCUUUCGAGAGGGAGAAGAAAUCCUGGGGCAUGGGCAUGGGCUCUGUGGUAGACCCGACUCUACACUUUCUCUGCCAAUUCUUUGCUUCCCCAUUCCUAUUUGGAUAGGCUACCCCACUUAGAAUGGUGACCUCCUGGCUUCCCAGUCCCUUCUCCCAGCGAUGCUCCAGUUUGGAGGUCAUUUACUGAGUCUCAGCUCUCUGGCUUCUCUAACACAGUGUUGA